AUGUCAAAACCGGAGAAGCCAGAGCAAAUAUCUUUCCCGCCAUCGCAGGUCGAAAGAGUCGGUGUCAAGGUUCCGCCAUUUUGGCCUGAAAAGACUCAGCUAUGGUUUGCUCAACUUGAGGGACAAUUUGCGCUUUCGAAUAUAUCAGCUGACACUACAAAGUUUUAUGUAGCAAUCGCAUACUUAGAGACGCAAUACGCAGCCGAGGUUGAAGACAUUAUUUUGAAACCACCAACAGAGAAUAAGUAUGAAACACUGAAAUGUACUCUCAUCAAGAGAGUAUCGAUGUCAGAAGAUCGCAAGUUAGAACAGUUACUGUACAGAGAAGAAAUCGGCGACAGACGACCAUCGCAGUUUUUGCGUCAUUUGCGCGCACUAGGCGGGUCAAAAGUCGACGAUAGUAUUCUCAAGAUAUUGUGGAUCAGGCGGCUACCAGAAAAUAUUCAAGCCAUAAUUUCGGCACACGACCAUCUCGAGUUGGAUAAAAUAGCAGACAUGGCAGAUAAAAUCGCCGAUAUAGUGUUGCAGCAUAAAAUCCAAGGAGUUAGUAAACAAAUGCCAUCCACGUCCAAAGAAAUGAAUCAUACCAUUUCAGAACAAAUUUUGGAGCUUCAAAACCAGAACGCUACAUUAAAUUCAAAGAUUGACUUGUUAGCUAAACAAGUUGAAGCCCUCACCCAAGCCAAGUACCGAACCUUACCAUCGAGGUCGAAGGUCGUGCAUCCAUCUCCACGUGGCUAUUGCCAGUACCACUCAAGAUUUGGAGCUAAAGCACGGAAGUGUAAUGAACCUUGUUCAUUUAAAUCUUUAAACUUAAACGACAGUCAAUGA